AUUUGUUGUUCAGUUUCAAAAAUAAUCAGCCGCUAUCAGCAAAGUAAAGGAAUUUGUUGUACAUUUUGAUUUUUGGACAGUUUUUUAAAUAUUUUUUUUUUUUUCUAAUUGCUAUGACGAGUGAUAAUGAUUCAAUGGAUUGGAGCAAGUAUCCGCCUGACCGAGUUGAAGGAUUAAAGUAUUUCUAUAAAGGACCUUCGAGUGACGAAGAUGGGCCAUGCACCGAAGAUGAACUGAAAAUGCUCUGCACAAAAUGGGACUGCAGGGUCGACAUGAAAGUGGACAACUUUCUGUACUGGUUGAUGAAAAAAACGAAAGAAAGAGAUUUCAGAGGCGACCAUGAACUAUUCGUACGUCGCAUGCCCAGAAUCGAGUGUGAGCUUCGAAAGAAAGGUUUACAGAAAUACGAAAAAUAUCAGGAAGCCUAUGGCGAGAAGAAUCGCAAAUAUAUGGCUCAUUGUGCGGAUUGGCGACACAACGAACUCCGUCGGCUACGAUUUUUGAAAAAACUUAGUACUUUGUGUUCUACAUGGUCGUGGGAUGAUAGUGACGAUGAGGAAGAGAGCGCCAGUGACAGCGAAAUUGAACCGAACAAUGUGUUGAACAAAGACGGCGGCGAAGACAGUUACAAUGAUUACAAUUCGUCCGCUGAAACGGUGAUUGAUCGAUUCAACUCAUUUAUUGAAACCGAAUCUGUCGUCGGUGGAACAGAAGUAGACAUUGAGAAUAUAGGACACGAAGAAGAGAUCGGUCCAGGCUCCGACAAUGAUGACAUCGAAGAUGUGAAUAGUCAAUUGUUUACACCCGGACAAACCUCUACACAAAAGGAGAAAGACACAGCUUCGACCAACAUUCCAUCGUGAAUGAAAUUUUCUUAACAAAUAAGUUUUGUCAUCGAAUAGUUGUACAUAUUUGCCGGGAAUGGAUGGGUAAGAGGAAGAUU